GACCUGGAUUUGAUGAUAACCUUCCACUGCUGCGAGAAGAGUGCAGAGGUAUCGAAGCAAGUGCUGGACCUGCAUUUUACGCUACGGACUUUGUUCACGGCCUUCUUCAAAGAUCGAUGUUUUGACAAGAAAGCCGAGUUCUGUCUUGAAACUAUUCUUUUCGCGCCUUUUCCUACCUUCACUGUGAAUGGCUACCGAGCAAUCUACGCCAGGUUGCUCGACGCAGAUCCUCGCAACUUUAACUUCACGGAUACAGUCCGCAGUUUCAUGAUGAUUUUCGAUCUAUGGCAGUAUGAAGAGGGCACUUGGCCUGGGUUCGUAUUGAUGAUUGACAUGGACAAGACAGUGCUUGCCCACGUCUUGAAAUUAGACGUUAUGUCUAUUCGACAAGUGCUCUAUUUCUUACAGGAAUGCAUGCUCGUGAAACUGAAGGAGGUGCAUUUUCUAAACGCGCCGUAUUUCAUGGACAAGCUGAUGAUGCUGCUCAAGCCGUUCAUGAAGAAAGCACUUCUAGAUAUAAUUCACGUCCAUCAAACUGGGACCGAAGACAUUUACAAUUAUGUACCUAAGAAGGCUUUCCCUAAAGAAAAUGGUGGGGAAUAUAAGGACUAUAACAGUGUUAGAGAUGAUGUGGUGAAGAGACUAAGAGCCAACCCCGACUUCUUCCGUGACGAGAACAGACGAAGGGUCUGCGAGAACAAACGACCCAACGGCAAGAAUACCACAGUCGAAGAGCUAUUCGGCAUUCAGGGAAGCUUUAAGAAACUCGAUAUUGAUUAGAUAUAAGGUGAUCGGUUUAUGAUUUGACUAUAAAGUGAGAAUAUUAAAUAGGCUAAUGAUAAUUUUGGUGGUUUUAAUUCUUCCUCAUAGAGUCUCCCGUGAAAGGCCGUGGUUCUUGC